UAUUUUUCCUAAUUUGACUUGUUCUUUCCACUCUUUUGAGUCCGACAGUUGCCGCGUUAUUUCUUCAAAUGCACAUUGACUGACCUAGUGACCUCUCUAUGACUUUCUAUAUAUAGACAACAUGCACUUUCACUGAUCUUCACCAAAUAAUAAACACAUCCCACGUAGAAGAAGAAAAAUCAAACAGAGUGUUCACUUCUUACAAAAGAAUGGAUAGAUAUGGAGCUUUGAUUCUUAUUUUGCUCAUCUCUGUUUCUCAUCUUGUUUCAUUCUCAACGGCUAGAAACUUUCCAGGAGAGUUUUUACCGGUGACAGAUGGCAUAAUCAUCUCCGGAGAGGUAUCUGCUCUCUCCAAGACGGUCAACGCGAAGCUGGCGACGGUGGUGGGGUGCAAAAGCGAGGAUGAUCACUUCACGGGGGGAUAUUCGUCUUCUCCAGGAGUCUAUGCAGCCGGAAUAUACGGGUCGUUGGUGUUGAACGUUCUUCCAAAAGGGUCAGUUCCGGCGUCUGGGCCCAGCAAGAGAAUCAACGACGUCAAGACUUAACAAUAGACUACGUACUAUCUUAGAUCUUAGUCACCAUCCUCAUGACUAAAAGUCAUGUAUGACAAAAGCAAUUUUCCUAUAGAUAUUCUUUAUUUUUAAGAAUUUUUUUUUUGUUUUUGCAGAACUGUAAACAUUAAAUUCUAUAGUUAACCCAAAUUAUAUAGUAUACACUAGUAUGUGACAUAUCUAUAGUACAUGUUAGACUUUGACGCCUUUUAAUUUUAAGGAUUUGUAUGUCAGUAAUUUGUUUCUGAAGUUUGAAAAAAUUACGAAUUAUAAGAAUGAUAUCUGCUAUAUCAUGAGAUACAUUUGUCCUUACAUUUUAUUA